AUGAUAUUAAUAAAUUGUGAAUUUAAUAACGAUGAAUUGAGGGAAAAAUUAGAAACUCUCAAUGAAUAAACAACUGAAAUUUAAAUAGAUAUGUCUUAGUGUUUGUUGCGCUUUACAAGAGAUUAAUAGAGAGAUCUAAUUAAAAAAUUGGAACAAUAAGGGACAGAUGUUGUCAUUAAAAUUUGA